AUGGCAUUCUUUGUGGAUGGUCCAGGAGGAACUGGAAAAACAUUUUUGUAUCAUGCAUUACUAGCAUCUUUAAGAAGUGAUGGUCAUAUCGCAAUUGCCACAGCAACAUCUAGUAUUGCAGCAACAUUACUACCUGACGGAAGAACAACACAUUCAAGAUUUAAAAUACCUUUAAUUCCUGAAGCAUCAUCAACUUGCUCUAUAAGUAAAAAAUCUAAUUUGGCUGAACUCAUUAGACGUGCAGUAGUUUUUAUUUGGGAUGAAGCUCAUAUGGUGAAUCGAUGUGCACUUGAAGCAUUAGAUAGAACAUUGCAGGAUCUUAUGAAAGUUAAUUCACAUUUUGGUGGAAAGGUGCUAAUACUGGGAGGAGAUUUUCGUCAGGUACUUCUUGUUGUUCCCAAAGGCACAAAGGUAGAGUUGUUAAAUGCACGUAUAGUCAACUCCCCAUUAUGGAGAUAUAUCAAGAUCUUACAUUUAACUCAAAACAUGAGAUUUAUUAACAAUCAACAGUUUUCAAAGUACAUAAGGCGCAUUGGUGAUGGAAUUGAACCAUUUGCAAGAGACGAUCCGAUUAAAGUUUCAUCUUCUAUGGCAAUACCAUGGGAGGGUGAUCAUUCAAUUACUCAACUAAUUGAACAAGUUUUUCUAGAUUUGCAAAAUCAUGCCUACAAUGCAAGAUAG